AUGAGUGGGGAUCAACUGUCUUCCAGACAGACCCCGACCUCUGCCACAUUCCCUAGUCUCGUCCUCAGCACCCCUAAGCAGCAAGUAGGCCAGUUCAACGACGGUGCCUCCUGGACGCCCCGAUUUGCCGAGGACUACUCCGUCUUCAACUCAACCCCGGGCAACGUACGAGCAACCCAGGGCCCCUUUCUUGACGCUGUGUCGAUAACACAUACGGACCAUUGUCUUGGGAACAAACCACUACAGUCUACCGAGAGUUCUACGACAGAAAAUCCAGACUACAACGGACUUCUUUCUCCCGACACUAACUUACAAUUGCCGUAUGCCGAGUCUAUAAAUUCGGAAUUGCCCACUGUCAACUUGGCCGAUCUCCGCAACGAGCAAGCACUGAAGCCUUUUUCCCAAUCGAAUCCGCGGCCCCCGAAUCAAGCGAAUAAAACGCCAGCCAAGCGAGAAGCAACAAAGAGGGAAAAUCCGCCUCAAACUGUCACGCCCCCGCCUACCACACACAAGGGCAGGCGUAAGCUUGCCCCCAAGCUCAAGAUGCAAGAUGAUCAGAGCUAUGGGCAGCCGGACCUGAUGGAUCCUUCACAAGUGGCAGAGAUGCAAGCCUUCCUGGGCCAUACGGGCGACUUUUUUGGCUACCCAAUGUCAGCUCCAGUCACAGCACCAGAAAACUUCUGGGAUCCGUCAACGUUGAACCUCCAAAUGGACAUGGACUUUAGCGCCGCCGCUCAGAAUCUCUUCCCCCAACCUGGAACCUCAUACCACCGUCCGUCCGGAUCAUUCGAUUGGAAUAAUGAAGCCCCUCUCUUCCAGACCCCCAUAGAAGCAGCUCCGACGUCAAGCCAAGAGACGAUCCGUCAGCCUCCCCGACGUGAAAGAGCCUUGGCUCCCAAACCCCUGGCUCCUGAACAGUUGCCUACCACGACAAUUACCCAUCCAGCAAUCACCUCUUUCGAAGCAGCUCCGGAAAACCCUUUUGGAAUUCUAAACCAUACAGGGGCAGUUGAUCCGGGAAUGCUGCUCAGUCGUCCUCAGACAUCACUAGAUGACGCCGAUUUCCAUCCAUCCUCCAAUCUUGGACUUCAGGGAAACACGGUUCCUUCAGUCCCUGCUAGGGUCCCUUCCGCCGAUGGUAUUCGUCGAACUGCGAGCUUCAAAAGUAUGACCGAAGGCAAAGUGCCGGACAGGCGAUUGACAAGGUCACCUGUCAAGCCUGUGCCUACUCGCCCUAGCAUAGGUAGAAGUCAAAGCGAGAAUCGUGGACGGAGGACAAUUGGACGAGGGCCGGUCGUGAAUCAAACUGCGGUUGCCAGGCCUCCUUCACAGACAAGAUCGGGCUCGGGUAUCGAAACGGGGAGGCCCAGUACUAGAGCUUCGGGCAGGGUUUCUCCACUGAAACGGCAUCGACUCUCGGGGCUGACUUCUAUUCCGGAGUCUGCAUCUCGGGGCAUAUCAAGUGCUUCGAUUCGGUUCACCAUCGAUUCCAACGGACGUGCUCGGGCUGAGGCGGCGCAUUCGAUAUAUGAAAACAGGGCGAAUUCCAUCAGGAGCCGUUCGUCGGAUGGCUCGCAGUCUUGGAACGGCUCGGGCGACGACUCAUCUUCCGACGAUGAACCAAUCAUUAUUCCUAGCCGCACUACCUCCUUUAACACCUCGUUUGCCCUUCCAGAUCCCUUGAAGCCUGUAGGCUCCAUAUUCCAUUCGUCCAGACGUAGCAUUAGCGAUAGGAGCACGAGUACGGUCAACGCUCCUGAUACACCGAAUAUCCUAAUCGCCCAUGAUGCCGAAAGUGAGGCCGAGACACUGAUGAACGACCCCCAUGAUCAGGAGGGAGAUGCUGCGAGUGAGCUGCUCAAGUUGGUCGAGAACCGGAGGAACCGUUCGGGACAUCUGGUAGGCGCUGGAGCCAACCGAUUAUCAGCAAACCACAUCAGUAGGCGUAGCAACAGCCGGUCGCCGGCCAGUCUGAAUGACAUAAUGGAGAUUCGAUGUGUGUGUCACCGGAACGGCACUGACGAAAAUGACGGCUAUAUGGUCCGGUGGUAG